AUGAUCCUAGCCCAUCAAAUCCUCGAAUGGGCUGAUGAAUAUGCAUCUUCUCCCAUCCGCAAUGAAUACACAGAGCCCAUGCGUGCCGGAGUGGGCUGGUGGCAAAAUACUCCCGUACAUGAACUCUUGAUUUUGGUGGGCGAGGCUGAGGUGUUCCGCGAUGAUAUCGAGGUUUUCGCAAAAACGGUCAGCGACGCAGGCGUAAGGGUUACCACUGUCUCCUGCCCUCGCCAUAUUCACAUCGAAUGCAUCUUGGAUGUGAAAGCUGGGCUAUCGCCGGGUUUGAUGGCCAAGUCAAUCUGGGAGUGGCUUGGGGCUCAAAGCCAGUAG